UUGUAUCAACAUUUUGAAACAAAAUAAAUUUCGAUUUUGAUGUUUUAAAUUGUAUAAUGCUUAUCUAAAAGAGUGAUCUUUUAUUAAAAUGGCUUUUCCAAAAGUCGAGGGAUAUGUGGUGACUGAAAAACUUGGUUCUGGAAGCUAUUCGACGGUUUACAAAGCGUAUACAAAGGUGGGCGGACGCGCGGUUGUUGCAAUAAAAUGCGUAGAAAAAUCGCGCGUGCGCGGCGCCGCGGCGGACAACCUUAUCACCGAGAUCAGGCUGCUGAAGACUCUGUCGCAUCCACACAUUGUUGCCAUGCGCGAGUUCACAUGGGAUGACAGGAAUAUCUACAUAAUCACCGAGUACUGCUGCGGCGGUGACCUGUCCAAAUAUAUUCGUAGAUAUGGCCGUGUUCCGGAGAAACAGGUCCUGUAUUUUCUGCAGCAGCUGGCAUCUGCACUUAAAUUUUUAAGAGAAAAAGGUGUGGUCCACAUGGAUUUGAAGCCGCAUAAUCUUUUGCUACACAAAGGCUCGGAUGGCAAAUACAUCCUCAAAGUGGCAGAUUUCGGCUUCGCCCAGUUUCUAUCAGACGAGAGUCGUCAGAAGAUGGUUCGCGGCUCCCCCCUCUAUAUGGCCCCUGAAAUGUUGCAUGGCGACUACACGGCUAGCGUCGAUCUGUGGAGCGUUGGUGUGAUAAUGUAUGAAUGCCUGUUCGGCACGGCUCCAUACUCUUCCGCCACGCUUCAAGAACUUAUCAAUAAGAUACAGAGCAGGGCGCCCAUACAGUUACCCCACGGCGCUGGAAUCUCUUCAGGCUGUAAGGACCUCCUGACCAGACUCCUAAAACAUGACCCUGAGGAGAGAAUCACAUAUGAGGAGUUCUUUCAACACCCCUACUUGGAUCUCGAGCAUAUGCCGAGCAAAGAAAACUAUGACAAGGCUGUGGCGUUGAUAAAGCAGGCUGUGUCCUUGGACGCAGCGGGGCGGUUAGAGGAAGCGUUUACAGCCUAUUGCUCGAGCUUACGAUACUUAGUGCCCGUCGUCCACUGCGAGAGCGAUGCGAUGCGACGGCAGGCGCUCAGGGCCAAACUUACCAGGUAAGGUACACAGUGGCUCAGUG